CAAUGUUAAUUUUGUAAGAAUUUUCCCAACGUUCUUGCUGAACCAAGUGUUUAUUUGUUUGUUUUCUGGACACUUUUUUCUAGGUGUCUUUAAGCCAAAUGAAUGUAACUAUCAACCACGUAUUUUCUGGGACCAAGGGCUGAUGGAGGAUUUGUGUUGACCGUCUUUUUCCUGUAUUUUAUGAUCUAGGAAGCAGAGAUUAUUUUGGAUGCGCGUAUUGUUCGUGUAGAGACAUGUUUGUCUGCUCUCUUUUAUUGCGUUUGAAAGGUAGUUUAAUUAUUGUUGUACUAUUCUAGGGUUUUACAACAUAUGCCGAGAGGAGGAUUGUUGAAGCUGUGCAAGGGGAAGACAGAGCUGCAUUGAAUAUUGGAAUUGGUUGGAGGGGCUUAAAUGAUGAAAUGGAGAGGUUUAAGGACAACAUGGAGUUUACAAAACUCAAAACUAACCAGGAAGGAAUAGACCCUGAUGCUGUAUAUUCCCAAGUUCCAUACGAAAAGGGUUUUCAAUUCCUUUGGCGCAUUGAGCGCGAGAUCGGGAGGCCUGCUUUUGAUGAAUUCAUCAAGAAAUACAUUGCCACUUUCAAGUUUAAAUCAAUUGAUACUGACACAUUUCUGGACUUUCUGAAAUCUAAUGUUCCCGGGAUAGAGAAAGAUAUCGACUUGAAGUUGUGGACUGAGGGUACUGGUAUUCCUCUGGAUGCCCAUGAGCCAGUUUCGAAUUUAUAUACAAAAAUUGUGUCACUAGCAAAUGAGUUUAAGAUCGGGAGGAUGCCAAGGGAGGAAGAAGUUUCUGAUUGGCAAGGACAAGAAUGGGAGCUCUACUUGGAGAACCUGCCAAAAUCGGUUGAAGCUUCUCAGGUCUUAGCUUUGGAUGCACGGUACAGGCUGUCGGAAUCCAAGGAUUAUGAGGUUAAAGUAGGGUUUCUCCAACUAGCAAUUUCAUCGAAGUGCAGAGAUUACUAUGGUGAAGUGGAGAAGACACUAAAGGAAGUUGGGAGGAUGAAGUAUCUCCGCCCGCUCUACACUGCUCUUGCACAAGGAACCGAACGGGAAGAAGAGAAAAUUCUUGCCAAACAAGUGUUUUCAGAGGCUUGCGAGUGUUACCACCCUAUAGCGCAAGGUGUUGUCGAGUCAAUCCUUGCCAAGCACCUGUAGUUACAUAACAACAUAAAAUAAUAUGUAAAACCUAACCCUGAUCUUUGCCAUCGACAAUUCUGGUCUUAGAAACCUUGUAGAAUGAUACGGUUGAAUGGUAAUUUGUGGAUGGAUGCGCCCCGCAUAUGCCAUGUUACAAUGGCAUAUGCUUAUGUGAUGCUUGUUGAAAUAUCUUAGUUGCAUACCCCUGGCUUUCUGCUAA